GCUUCUGUCAUUAGCCGCCAGAAAAAAACGAUUGCGCUCCGCUUCUCUUUUGGAAUUUAUGGUACUGUAACAAGGCUCCCUUUUGUGUUACCGUGUCAUUUUGUGGUAAAAUAUCCUCGGAAAACUCAUCAACAAUGCGCGAUUAGGACUUGUAUCGCGGAAAUAAGUGGUUUUCUCGAAUUUGGGAAUCAGCGGCCGUGUUUUAUGGAUCAAUAUCGUAGUUACUAUUAUGUGCGUAUAGCGUCCACUUAGCGUCAUCACGAAUCUGCAAAUGGAGACUAAAUCCGGCGUCGGCAUUCAAGAUCACUGGAUGAAAAGUAUGAUGGAGCCGGCUGGUAGCGACAAAGACAACCGUAAUUGUGUCAAACGCGAAAAAAUGGGUGAACCAUACAAUGGUCCGGAAACUGUGACCUACGAGUUGAAACAACAGCAAAGCGACGCGCGGUACAGAUGCGACGUUUGCGAUCUGACUUUCGAAGGUAUGGAGUACUUGAUGUUGCACAAAAAGUUUCAUGGCAAUGACAAAGAACCACCUAUCAUUGAGCCAGAGCCAACAGUGGUCAAGGAGGGCCCGAAAAAGCGGCGUAAAUUCAAAUGCGACCAGUGUGAUGUCAAAGUCAAUUCUCAGUAUCACCUUGACAUUCACCACAGCAAGCAUGAAGGUGCAGCUUCCAAAAAGUACAUUUGUCAAGUGUGCGACCGCAGUUUUGUUGCAGCUCAGUUCUUGAAAAGCCAUAUGCAAACUCACUCUUCGGUCAGCACAAUAAACUGUGAGAUCUGUAACAAAAGUUUUACCGGACAGGCAUAUCUGAAACUCCACAUGCAGUUACACAAUGAUGUUAAGAAAUUCAAGUGUUCAAAAUGCGACGAGAUGUUCCCCACAAAGAAUUGCCUUAAAAUUCACAUGAAAAAGCACACAAAAGUGAAAAACUUCAAGUGCGACUUCUGCCUUAAAUUGUUUGUGUCCAAAAUAACAAUGGAAAAGCAUCGACAGACACAUGAAGGGCAGCCUGUGGAUUGCCAAGUGAAAUGUCCUCAGUGCGACAGAACUUUGCAUGCUUCGUUGCUGCGUACACAUAUCGCUAGAUCACACCCUUCCAUCAUAGAAGAUGACGUGAAGAGACCACACAAAUGCCAGACGUGUGGAAAGAGUUUCAUUGUAAAAAUCAAUCUCAACCUUCACAUAAGGGUUUGCCAUCCUGAUCUCGCUGAACCGGAGGACGAAGAUGAAGACGUUAUGACCGAUAACUCUUAGUUUAUAAUUACACAUAUUCUCAUGUAUUAUUAUGGAUAAUUAUACUUUUUUAUGCUAACCGAUAAUUUGAUAUUUUAUGUUUAUAAACAAGCUUUUAGUUAACCCAUAUUAUAAUUAAGUAUUCAUAUUGAA